UCGAUGAUAAGAGACAAAUUCUUUACAGCCCCCGAGUGAUAAACACGCUAUUGUUUAAAAAUAUACAGAAAAAAACAUCUAAUACUUGUGGUCUAAAGUGAAAAACGUGCAAAAGGAUUUUUCUAAUACAGGGAAAAUAUGGCAACAAGAGACCGCGAGGCAUACCAGGGCUACCCCAACGUCAACCCUCGAUACUACGAGCCCCCUUCCGUCUCCAAGCCUCCAAGACCGCCAAGACCUCCCGGACCUUGCAAGCCUCAAGACAGCUACCAAGGUUACCCGUAUGUGAAACCAAUCGUCACCGACGCCCCCUCUAUGCCAUCUUGCAGUGGACAUCACAUCCCUCCUAAAAGACCUGUAGUCGCCCAAGACUCUUCCGAUGAUGACGAACCUCCUGUCAUCUACAUAGACAUACCUGAAGACAACAGGCCGUAUACCGUCAACGAUAGAGUAACUGACACAGGAAACAACCAACCAUACGAAGCCACCAUAGAUAUGGAACCGGAUAAUCCUACAAACGAGAGACCUACAGAUCAAGCAGAAACAGUUGACAGUCCAGAAACGAUAUUUUACGAUCCGUUUGAAAAUCGAAGGAUAAUACCGAAGGAGGUUGCAACAAAUGUAAAUUCAUCGGAGCGGUCAGAAGCUGUGAGGCCGCUUGAAGUGACACAGGCUGGUAUGUCUAAAGAAUCACAAGUCUAUGGUAGGCAGCCUGAGUCACAAGUCUACGGUAGACAGCCUGAAGAUGAGUUUUCCUUCACUCCGAUACCCGUGUCAGAGUUUCCUGAGCCACCACCAGCGUACUCCGAGUUGCCAAAUACCACCGUCUCUGUAGAACAGACGAAUACCAGCUAUCCACGGACACAAGUCAUCACGAAUGAAUGCUACGACAGGGUGGCAUCAGGAGCGGUGGUUAGGAAGCAGGUAGUCUGCCAGCACUGCGGCACACAGGUCCACACGCUUGUGCUGAAGCAAGUCGGUCCAGCGACUCACGCCAUCGCUUUGUCGUGGCUACUGUGUUGUUUCGUCCCGGCCACCGUCCUCAUCUACUUAUCUGACUGGUUUCGCUACCACAACCACUACUGCCCCUCGUGCAGCAAACUCGUCGGCUACGAGAUCCCCAUGCUUUGCCACAAACUGGUCUACGUCGCCACAGAGUAGGGUGUCUGUGUGUCUGUGUGUUUGUGUAUCUGGUUGUAGUGCCGUAGCUCCGAAACGGCUGGACCGAUUUUCGUUUUGUUUUUUGAGGGUUAUAGGUAGUGUUCACCCAGGUAGUGUCACUCUGAGUGUUCUGACAAAUAUUUUAUGAAAAUCAGCAGAUCGGGAGUGUAAUAGUAAAUGGGGACAUCUCACACACGGCCAUCCGACCUCAAGCUAGGCAGAGCCUGCAAUAUGAGUAACGGAGGCUGAUAUAUCUACACAAAUACAUAUACCUACAUAUAAACACCCAAGACCCAAUUGCAAAUAUCUGACUUUGAACAAACAUCUGCCCAGGCCGAGAAUAGAACCCAAGACCUUCGGUAU